CCGGCGUUCAGCCUUUCCUCUGAUCUUCCUUCUGCCUUUUGUGCAGUUCAGGCUGCCUGCCAGAGGAGCAGGGACCAAGCCAGGAUGCUGCUGCCGGUAUGGGGGUUAUGGUGCCUGACACUCCUGAUGCAGGGAAGGACAGCUCCCGCCGCCUUCCUGCCCUUCAGCGCGGAGGGAAUCUUCCGGGCUUUCAACAACCUCAUCAUGGAGCAAAACCAGGAAGCACUGGCGAAUGAGCAGUUUGGCCGUCCAGUGGACAUCAGCAAACUUCCCCCCAACUACCACAAUGAGGAGGAAAAGCAGCGGAAAAUGGGGAAUGCCACUUUGUACAGCCACCAUGAAAUCAACAAGGUGACUGACAACCGUACAGGUGAGAUGAUCUUUUCGGAGAAAACGGUGACUUCUAUUGAAGGGGGAGACACCCUUCCAGAGAAGAAGGUGUGCGUGAAUGACAAUGAUUGUCCAAAGGACCAAUUCUGCUCUCGGUCGCUGCUUGCAUCUCAUUGUCAACAGUGCAAAGCGAAGCAGAUGACUUGCCAGAAAGAUGAGGAAUGCUGCUUGGGUUAUCUGUGUGUGUGGGGCAAGUGUGCAGAAGGCGUAAGCCGAGGAGAAAGCGGGACAAGAUGUGACCCGAACCAGGAAGAGUGCUCUCCGGGGUUGUGCUGUACCGCCAGCAACGCGUUGUCCUUUCCGCUCUGUGUUCCUUACCCAAAAGAGGGAGAAGAAUGCCAGACACCAAGUGCCAACUUCUUUGGCAUGAUGGGCUGGGGCAGCCAGUCAGCUUUUGCCAAAUCCGGGAAGUACUGUCCAUGUGCCAAGGGAUUGCAGUGUAGAAGGAAAAGAUAUACGAUUUCCACAUGUGAGAAGCUGGAGAACAGCGUGGACGUCAACAAUCUCGGCGGACAGCUCCUGGACUUCGAGCCCAUCCUGAUGAACCGGGACAAAGAGGAAGCUUAUUAUGACGACUCUAGACAAGAUGGCCCACUGGCAAUCGUCAGUCUGCCCAAAGGCCCUUAUUAUAUGGAAGAUGCUGGGCUGAGUGAAGACUAUGAAGAAAAGAGACUCUCGCCAUGGGAGGGCAGUAGGGACGAUCCCAACCAAUCAGAUUUCCUGGAACUUGAACAUCUGGCUGACCAAAUGGGACAGUACUUUGGACCUGGCUUUUACUAAAUGGAAGAGUUUUUGCCUGAGAUUCUCAUAGUUUGUUGCCCCUCCUUGAUGCUCGCCUCAUCUUUUGCCUGUUCUUUCCAGUCCCCUUCGCCUCUUUCGUCUGUUCCUUCCACAUUCUGCAUGAGAACCCUUUGUUUUUGUUAAUAAAAGCAUUCUGAUGACA